AUGCUUCGAGACUUUGCGGUCGAGGCGGGCUUCGCGGUAAAGGUGGAGGACUCUAUGCUGUUCACACAGUUGGAGGCGGCUCGAGCGAGACUACUGGGACAGCCAGUGGUGGGAGAGGGGACGCGGGCUGAGGGACCGGGGGAGCAGAGAGGCGAGGCGGGACAGCCGGGUGGCGGGGGACAGUGGGGACAGCACCAGCUGCGGGGUCAGGUGGAGCGAGGGAUAGGUGGGCGGAGGGGACGGCAGGGGGAGCAGACGGGCCAGGACGGGGAGGGGAGACGGCACAGGCAGCAGCAGGAGAGCCAGGGGAGGCCGCGGGCCCAGGGCGCCGCGCCUCCAGGUUCGGCCUCGGAGGAGGGGCAGGGGCGGGAGCAGCAGAGAGCGGACGGAGGUACAGGAGGGGCAGCGGGAUUGGGAGGGGAGGGCCAGGGAGUGAGAGAGGCAGCAGGGGAUGGAGCAGGGGGGUCGGGAGGGUUGGGGGAGGGUAGAGAGGGGGAGGGGAGAGGACAGGUGGAUGGAGGAGAGGAGAGGGGGAGAGAGACGAUCGGAGAGGAGGCACCAAGGGACCAGACAGGGCAGCAGCCAGCGCAACAGCAGGGACCAGUCGGACGCACAGGCCGUGUAGGCACCGCCUCCCGCAUCCCAGACCUCACCUGCCGCGACGUUGGCCAGGGUCUGAUGGUUCUUGUGGAUGUCUCCAUAGCGGAUCCACAGCGGGAGGGGAACGUGCAGCUGAGACGGGCGACCCCCACACAGAUUGGAGUGGCAGCAGCUAGGCGGGUGCAGGAGAAGCUGCGGCACUGGGGGCCGCACUUAGAGGGGCUGCAGCCGGCACCACACUUUUACGCGUGCGUGGCGGAGACCUUUGGCCUUCUGAGUGAGCCGCUACGUGAGUUUCUGGGGCUCUGCGCAAAGAGGAUAGCACAGCGGAGGAGGGAUAGAGGUGGGGGGGAUGACGGAUCGGCACGGAUAUUUGAGGCAGGACUCACUACACGCCUCUCCGUUGCACUGCAGCGCGCGCAGGCUCAAUGCAUGAUCCAGCAUGCGGUGCGGCAGUUAGGGGGAUCCGACGACGGGUGGAUGCCCGCACCAGUCCCACUGGGUGCGGGGCAGGGUACUUGGCACCACGUCACAGGUCACACCCCCUGCCCCCUCAUGCCAUCCGCUCCCCCCGCCCCUACCCUCCGCGUGCCCGCUCCCUUGCCGCCUCUUUUGACCCUCCCUGCCCCCCCUCGCCGUUUCCCACCGCCCGCCAUUCGCUCCUCCCCGCCCGUGCGCUCCCCUCCUUUACCUUCUCCUCCCCCCUCCCCUCCUCUGCUGCACGCCUCUUCCUUCCCCUCGCCGACCCACUCCACUCCCUGCCCCUCCUCAAUCCGCACCCUGCCCCUCGUAUCUCGCCCCCCUAUGCUUGGUUUCUCCCCUCCCUGCCCCUCGCCGCCUUUCCCCGCUCCCCACCUCCCCCCUCUCCCUGCCCCCCCCACUCUCCCCCCCCCUUGUCCUUGGCUUCCUACCUCCCUGCCUCACCUUUCCCCCCUCCGUGUGCUCAGCUUCUCCCCUCCCUGCCCCUCCCUCCUCCCCGCCCUGCCCCUCAUUUUCCGCCCCCCCCCCCCCCACGCCCGGUUUCUCCCCUCCCCGCGCCUCCCUUUCUUUCUCCGUGCCUCUCCUUUGCUCCCUCCCUGCCCCCGCCUGCCCAUGCCCCUGUCUUUGGCUUCUCCCCUCCCUGCCCCACGUUUCUUCCCUCCCUGCCCCCCGUCUGCCCCUCCCUUGUUUUCCCCUCACCCAUUGCUUCUCUCCUCCCUGCCCUUGAUUUCCCACACCCCUGCCCUCGUUUCCUAUCAUCCAUGCCCCUCGUUUCCCCCCUUUCCCCUGCCCGUUGCUGCCCCUCCCCUUGCCCCCUCAACUCCCCUGCCCCCCGUACACCCCAAGUCCCAUCCAACCGCCCCCACCCUCCCCCGGCUGCCCGUUUCCGCUCUCCACCCCCCGCGACCGUGUGCGGCUUCCAACCGCCCAACGGUGGUGCGCACGGGGCGUUUCUUCGCAUGGGCAAGCCUCCCCGGGGGCCCCCCACCCCGCUGGGUCGUUCAUUACCGCCCCUCUCCCCUUAUCCCCCACCACGCCCCCAAGCAGGCCUUUCUCCCCCCAGCCCCCCGUCUCCCUGCCCUUAGUACCGCCGCGCUCUGCCCGUGCGUCACCCUCGCCCACGUCAUACCACCUCCCCCUUCUCCCUCCCCCGGCUUCUCCCUAUCAUCACCCGCAUGUUCCCCCACUCCCCUGUCCACAACGUCCCUCCUCCACCCCCCCUCCUACCUUCCCCACUCCCACUCUGCCCCCCACACCUCUACGAGCCGUACCUCCCCCUCCAGCCUUCCUUUCCCCCCCAGCUACUUCCGCAUCCAGUGUGGGCUGCACCCCUGCAUCCUGCCCUGCCAGGCCCUUCGAGGACCCAACUGCCGCCACCUGACACCACGCCGCCUUUCCCACCCCCAUCCAAUCUCUACACCUCCUGCCCCUGCUCCCUGCGCAAUCCAGCCACCUACCCCAGCCUCCCUCUACCUCUCCCUAACUCCACACUGCCGGUCCUACCCCCAGCCAGGGUCUACACCCCUUGCUUUUGCUCCCUGUGCUGUGCCGUCCCCAACCUCCUCUCCCCCUUCUCCAACACCCUCCAUAUUUCCUCCCCCCUGGGGCUCGCCCAUCCGCAGCGCCUCCUUUCGGUGCCCUCUCGGCCCUCCCACGUUCUCACCCCCCGCCUUCCAACCUUCUCAUUACCCGCUACCAGGCUCACGCCAACUCGACUACCCACUACCCUUUGCCCCUUCCUCUCUGUUCCCCACCCUUCCUUCCCCACUUGGCUCCACCUGCCCACCCCCACCUCCCGUGGAAUUCUGCCCUGCCCUCCCCACCUCUGGCCCACCACCUGUCCCCACACUCUGCUCGCCCACCACUACAUCACCCCCGCCCCCCCACCUCCACUACAGCCCGCCAACACUUCCCCUCUCAACCGGCCCCCAGCCCGCCCCCCCCCUUGGGCCCCAAUCCCCUCCAACCGUCAGGCCCCCUCUACCCUCUCUUCCCCCCACUGCGCACCGCUUUCCCCACCCUUUUUCCAUUUCCCCAAGCCAACCCCCCGCACCCCGGCCUCUGCCAGGGAGAGCAGCAGAGGCUGCAGAGGGUGGGGCAGCAAAGGCUGCACGGGAAGGGGCAAUGGGGGUUGUGGGGGAAGGGGCAGCAGAGGUUGCAGAGGAAAGGGCAGCAGAGGCUGCAAGGGAAGGGGCAGCAGCGGCUGCACGGGAAAGGGCGGCAGAGGCUGCACGGGAAGGGGCGGCAGGGACCGUGACUCUGGCCAGGCAAAGGGCAGAGGCCAUGGAGACAGGGGGAGGUGCUACGGGGGCAGCGGGGAAGGGGGUAACGGGGACUGGUGCGAGGGAGAGUGCUGCCCCGGCUGUAGCAAGAGAGGGUACGGCAGGGGCUAGAGUGGGAGAAGGGACAACAGUGGCCUCAAAGGUAGAAGGUGAGGCUGUAGCUGAAGCAGCAGGGAGGGCCAUAGCACGGCCAGUAGGGGCGGCAGGGGCCGCAGCAAACGCGGGGAAACACACAGCAGGGCCGGCAGAGACUGCAAAAGGGGCUAGCAGUAAAGCGGCAGCAGGCGGGGUGGGCUCGGAGGACAUAGGGGCAACAGGGGAAGGAGAGGUGAGUGUGGUCCCGACCGGGGUGGGCACUGAAGAGGGGGAUGUGAUAGCGAUAGAGGAGGAUGAGGGAGAGGAUGUGAUGCACAUUGACGGGCCACUGGCCCAAUACCUCACGCCUGACGGUGAGGCCGACCCGGCCCCCCUGCAGCCUCACGUCGAGGUUCCCCCUCUACCCCCCAUGCCCGUCCCCAUGCUAGCAGAAGGACCGAUGGAGGGGCUGGGGGAGACCUUGAGGACAGAGCCGCACGAGGGAGCCCCCAUCCUCACCUCCCGUCCUCCAGCCCACCCACCCCCAAGAGCACCACUUCCCCACCCCCACCCUCAGGUCCCGGUAGUAUCCAGGGGGGCAGCCAAGGCCCUGGCCUUCUUGGCGGAGCCGUGCUCCCCGACCCCCACGUUGCUCCAUGGCCAGCCCCCCUCUCCGUCCCCAACCCCUGACCCCACGGUUGCAGGCGGUCCACCGGGAGAGCACGCGGCACACCUCUGCCCCCACCCUCAGGGGCUCCUUAGAGCACCACGUGGAGCAGCCAGGGCUCUGGCCUUCCUAGAGGAGCCAUGCUCCCCGACUCCUACCAACACCCAGCCACCCCCUACCGGCCCACUACCCCCCCCUCCACCAGGCCCCCCCCCCACCCGCCCCUCGACCCCCACCUCCAACCCCCCCUCCCGGCCGGGUUCCCCACGAGUGGCCCCGUUGGGCAGCCAUCACCCCCUACACACAGCCCGCCCGAUCUGUUCCCACGGAGCGGGAUGUUUCGAGGAGAGAGGGGAUGCACACAGAGCACCCCCCGCCUGGCGAACCACCCAUCCUCCCUCCACCCACCCCUUUGGCCCCACAGCCCCCCCUUCCUUCACAAACAGGCGCGGACAACCAGGUUGGCCGCCGGCGGAAGAACAGGGGCAGAGGAGGCAGAGGGUCAGCCCACCCCGACCACCAAACCUACACUCCCGCCCCGCUCCUGCACCUCCACAGGGCCAUGGGAGCGGACCAGCCCACUCACCCCCAUUCUGCCCCUCUCGUGCUGUGUCCCCCUCCCAGGUGGCGGCGGCCGCGAUCGCUACUGGGAUGGAGGCCGUCGGGUUGAGGGAUGCGCCCAUGGAAGACGCCACCGACUCCCCCUCCCAUCCCUCCCACCCCUUCCAUGUCGACGACCCCCUACCGCAACCCAUGGUGAUUGGGGAGGGCCAAGGGGGCCUUCUAGGGCAGGGCAGGCAGGUCUUCGAGACCCCAGAGAAGGUGAGGGCUGGCAUUUCAGAUUUGCUGGCGAUACACCGCCCGAGCAGCUCUCCGGCUGCCCCCACCCUUCCAGUCCCACAGGACCGGACCCGGACGUAUGCGGAGGUCACCCGGUCUGUCCCUUCUUUUCUCCCCCCCGCCACUCAGCCAGGCGCGUCACUCCCGACCCCAAUGGAGACGGACCAGGUUCUGAGGCCGUGUCACGCGCACCUAGAUGGGGUGGCGCCUCCCCCCGUUCACCCCGUGGCGCAGGAGGUCACCAGCAGUAGGGAUGAGGCAUCCGCCCCUACCGAGACCCCUCCGCCUGGGGUAGCAGAGCCGUCACUUGAACCGCACCCCGCCGAGGGGCAGGAGCACACCACGGCACACACUUCAGGCUCACCUCCACGUCCCCCCUCCCCAGCUUCGACACCGGUACCGGUACGAGGCCCGGCCCUAUCCUGUGCGACACCACCUCUAUCUUCGCUGACACCCCCCAUGCACGGGGCUGGUGAGUCGUCUCCUCCCCUCAUCCCAGGCGAUCCUCUCGGAGCUCAGGCCGCCCACGGGGUCCCCUCUACAGCCAGUUCCGACGCCACGGCCCCGAUUGACCCCGCCGACACGGCGACAUCACCCGACCAGGUCGUGAGUUGCCCCACCUGCAGGAGCUCUCUCGCGAACCGACGCGCGCUCCAGCACCACAUUCCCUUCUGCCAUCCUGCGGACGCGGCUCGCAGGGCGCAGGCUGCCCAGGACACCGCCUCGAUCAUCCCUUCCCUCUCACAGCCCCGUGCGACCGGGAUACAGUUCACCGACGCACAGUGGCAGACGCUCGACUCGGUGGACUGGACAGAGUACUUCUCGCCCGAGCGUAUCCAUGCACGCCCUCUCCGACGUGUCCCGGAGAGGGUCCGCGGAGGAUAUCUCGACGUCCUCAGUGCGAUCCUAGUCCGCAUUGCCCAGGACCCGGAGGCUGCUGGCCCUACCUUCCUCCUCGCUGCAGCGCCGACUCUUUUCCUUGUUCCAGCGACGCCACCCGACCGCUCGCACACGGCUGCCAUUGCAACGCGCAUCUCCCGCUUUGGUCGAGGUGAGUGGGCUGAGCUAGUCUCAGAUGCACUAGGCCGUCGCACACCCCUUCCUCGGCGCACAGGUCACCGGUCACGCACCGCCACCGAUCCCUCUACAGCAGAUGAGCGCCGCAUUGCACGUUGUCUUCGUCUGGCAGCGUGCAAUGAGACCUCACGGGCGUGCGCGGCUCUCGAGUCCGCGGAGGCAGCCCCAGAUACACAGGGGACGAUACAGCGCCUGCAGUCGAAGCACCCCAACGCGGAGAGGCCGACCCCAGCUUGGCAGUCUAGCUUCCAGGGGUCCCCUCUCGUGCUCUCGGUGGAUCACUUACGCCGCGCGAUUUUCACAGCUCCGCGGGGCUCUUCGGGAGGACCCCCGGAGUUUCAGUGCCUGAUCCCCUUCAUCGGCCUCUUCUACGGGACGCCCUCGGAUCUCCACUACAGGUCAGGCACGGGAGUGGUCACGAUGCACUCGGAGCGGGGCACUCGCCAGGGAGACCCUCUCAGCCCCUUCUUGUACGCUCUGACACAAGCGUCUUGCUUUGGAGCCGGUUUCUGGUGGAGGGGGAUGUACCAGCUCUGGUCGUACGCCGAUGACACGUACGUGCUAGGUCCCCCAGACAGGGUGCUGCACCACUUUGCCGAGAUCGUGAGGCGCUUGGGCGAGAUGGGCCUUGCAGCCCAGCCGCACAAGUGCCUCGUCUACCAGACAGAGUCCUUUCUGUCCAGGGAUCUGGAGGCCUUCACGGCCUAG